AUGAAAACUAAAACUUACAACACAGACUGGGCCACCGAGAAGACCAAGGUUCGCAGUUUUUUCGAUGAUUAUUAUGUGGAUAAUGAGGAUGGAUCCGGAAAGGUCUUCCCAUACCGUGACCAAGUCUUCGAGCUCGCACGACGUGAGAAACAGGCUAUCGUAAUCGACAUUGACCACAUCAAGGAUUGUGAUAUCCCUGAUGCUUUGGAACUUUCUGAAGCUAUUGUGUCUAACACCAAGAGAUAUGAAACUAUCUUCAAGGACACGAUUGCCGAUAUGAUCCAGGAUUAUCUCGGUGACAAACCGGCUCCAGUCGUUGAUGCUCUCGACGCUCAUAUGUUCCAACGUAUUCAAAUGGACGAUACUGAAGGAGCUGCAAAUGAAGAAGUUUCUCUUCAAGACAAGCGCAAGAAGUACCCACCCCAACUUCUUCAACGCUUUGAAGUCUAUUUCACAACUGAAGACCAAGUUCAUCAGACAUGCGUUCGUAAUAUCAAGGCCACAGAAAUCGGACAUUUGGUUUCGAUGAAAGGAGUUGUCAUCAGAGCCACCGAAGUGAAGCCAUGUGUUCAAGUGAUGACAUACACUUGUGAUACAUGUGCUGCCGAAGUCUAUCAACCAGUGAAGGGAAUGCAGUUCACUCCUCCACUCAACUGUCCAAAUAAGGAAUGUGUUGAAGCUAAGGCCAAUGGAAGACUCCACAUGCAGCUUCGUGGAUCCAAAUUCGUCAAGUUCCAAGAACUUCGAAUCCAAGAGCUCAGUGAGCAAGUGCCAAUCGGAUCUAUUCCACGAACAAUGACCGUCUAUGUUUACGGAGAGAUGACUAGACGGUGCAACACUGGAAAUGUUGUGCAAGUGUCCGGCGUUUUCUUGCCAAUUAUGCAAACUGGAUUCCGACCAACUGGUGGAUUAGUUGCUGAUACCUAUUUGGAAGCUCAUUUCAUUCAUAAUCUCGACGACAACCCAACAUACAAUGGAGUUCAAUCUGAGGAACUUGAAGUUCUUCGCCGCAAGGGAGACAAUUACGAGGCUCUGGCUGCUUCUAUCGCUCCAGAAAUCUUUGGACACGUGGAUGUCAAGAAGUGUCUUCUUAUGGCUCUUGUCGGAGGAAAUGACAACACUUCUAAUGGAAUGAAGAUUCGUGGAUGCAUCAAUGUUUUGAUGAUGGGAGAUCCAGGAGUAGCCAAAUCUCAACUUCUCGGAUACGUUAACCGUCUUGCCCCACGUUCGCAAUACACCACUGGUCGUGGAUCUUCUGGAGUCGGUUUGACUGCUGCUGUUAUGAAGGAUCCGGUUACUGGAGAAAUGUCUCUUGAAGGAGGUGCUUUGGUGUUGGCGGAUGGUGGAAUCUGCUGUAUCGAUGAGUUUGAUAAGAUGAUGGAUAACGACAGAACUGCUAUUCAUGAGGUUAUGGAGCAGCAAACCAUCUCUAUUGCCAAGGCUGGUAUCAUGACCACUUUGAAUGCACGUACUGCUAUCAUCGCCGCCGCUAACCCAGCUUAUGGAAGAUAUAAUCCAAACCGUUCUAUUGAACAGAAUGUUGAUCUCCCAGCUGCACUUCUCUCUCGUUUUGAUCUGAUUCUACUCAUGCAAGACAAGGCAGACCGUGAAAAUGAUAAGACUCUUGCUGAGCACAUUACCUACGUCCAUCAACAUGGAUGUCAUCCGAAUCGUGAGAAGAAGGAUUUGAUCUCACUUGAAACACUCCGAGAGUACAUUUCACUCUGCAAGACCUACACUCCAACUGUCGAUCCUGCUCUUCGUGAGCGUAUUGUGGAAGCCUAUGUCGAAAUGCGAAGAGAUGCUCGUUACUCAUCAGAUCCAACAUUCGUGUCACCAAGAAUGAUUCUUGGAAUCGUCAGAAUGGCCACAGCUCGUGCCAAGCUUCGUCUCUCAAAGAUUGUCGAUGAGAGUGAUGUUGAAGAGGCUCUCCGCUUGAUGCAAUUUGCCAAGGAUUCUCUCAGACCAGAGCAGACCAGAAUCGAAAAGCGUAUGGCUCCAGUCGAUGCCGCUUUCUCCGUUCUUCGUGAGAUCUAUCACUCGAACAACGAGCCAAUCGCUUUGUCGAACGCUAUUCAACGGUGCGCUCGUAAGGGAAUCAGCGAGGUUGCUCUUCAGAAGUGUCUCGAUCAGUACACUGCCAAUGGAGUUCUGGUUAUGGAUCGCCAGAACAUCGUUUUUGCUAUGAAUUGA